AUGGCUCCCCCAAAUGGCUCGACAAUAACAAAUCUAAGCGGCACUUGGGUAAUGGACAAAACCCUAUCGACCAACCUUGAUGCAGUUUUCAAAUUGCAAGGAAUAAGCUGGAUACUAAGGAAGACGAUAUCCGCAUCAUCCUCUACCCUGAAGAUCACGCAGGGCUCGGAUGAAGACGGCGAGUGGAUGACGCUGGAGCCUGCACUAGCUGGAGGACUACAAGGCACGCCAGAGAAACGCCAGUUAACCUGGGCUGAGUUUGAGCACAACGACACCCUCUUUGGCCGUGUCAUCAUUCGGAGUCACUACAUUGCGGGGCAGAGGAUUGCGGAUGGCCGAGUCCGACCUCUUGUGGAACCUUUUACGAAGGUUGUUGUCAAACCAGAAGCCGGGUCUAUCUUGGCGGAGGCAGUCAUGCUGGCACCGGAAACUGCAGGCGCAGAGCAGGAGAAGACGGAUAAAGCUUUCAUUCACGAUUCCAUCCGCAGCAUGUACCAUGAGUGGACAGCGGAGCAGAUCUGGGCAGUGGAAAUCGUAGGCGAGGAAACGCUUUUGACACGUAGGGUUGUGGUCUGGAAAGGCUCCUAUGCUGAGUCGGCUCAUAUUUUCUACAGACUUGCAUGA